UUCCAUUAUCUCUCCUCUGUUAUUUUUUCCUUAUUCUUCUUUGUUCUUUGUUCAAUCUCCAUAUUAUAUAUUAAUGCUUCAUCUCAUAGUCGUGUUCUUGAUGUUCAACAUUCAUGUCUCCCGUUCUCAGUGAAAUCCUCCGGUCGGGGUUCAUCAUCAGCUCCUCCCUCCGACGCCGGAGCCACCUCGUCCAGUCUUUCUCCGUCGUCUUCCUCUACUGGUUCUAUGUUUUCUCAUAAACACCUCUCCCCUCUCCCCUCACGUAUUAUCAUCUAUUCUACCUAAAAUUUAAAAAAAAAACCUUCUUUUUACAUUUUCAUUUUCUUUCUUUCUUUAAAAAAACCCCAAGAAACAAGAUCUUAAUUUUUCUACAACUGUAAAUAAAUAAAAAACAAGAAGAAGAAGAAGAAGAAGAAGAAGAAAUGGAUUGUUCGAGCGGAAACUCGUGGGGCUGUACGGAAAAGAUUCGGGUUUCCGGGUCGGAAGGAGAUCCGAUGAACGAGCGGAAGAGGAGGAGAAUGGAAUCGAACCGGGAAUCGGCAAAGCGGUCGAGGAUGAGGAAGCAGAAACAUCUGGACGAUCUGACGGCACAGGUGGGACAUCUGAGGUCCGAGAACGCGCACAUCCUUAAAAACAUCGACCUCGUCACCCGGCAUUACCUCGGAGUGGAGUCCGAGAAUUCCGUUCUCAAGGCCCAGGCGAUGGAGCUCAACCAGAGGCUGGAAUCUCUGAAUGAGAUGAUCAGCUUUGGAUCCAUCUUUGACUUUGACUUUGACUUUGACUCUUCCGCGGAGGUGGUGGUUCAUCAUCACCAACCUGGGCUUGGGCUUGGGCCUGGGACUGGGCUCGUUGACAGUUUCGUGACCAACCCGUGGAUGCAUAUGAACCAGCCCAUUCUGGCCUCUCCGGAUACCAUGUUUCCCUACUGAGAUGGUUUAGGAUCCGAGAAGAAGAAGAAGGGGUGAGGGUAAAGUGGUCAUUGCAGUUUAUUUGAUUAUUGUGUAACAAGAUCGCAAAGGUUUAUUAAUAAGGAUGUGAUAAGAUUUUAAAUGGUGUAUAAUAUGAUAUUCUGAAUAAUGAUAAUUGGGUGGG